AUGGAAGACUCGAGUUUCAGUGCAAAAAUUGAGUCUUAUUUUUCGGAGUUAGGGCGAUGGAAGGUGUGGAGAAGUAUCAUUUUGGGACAAGUUUUGUCACUGUUGUUGAGUGGCAAAUGUAUUUUGACUACAUUGCUUCAAAGUGCAACUUGGCAAUUUCCAACUACUGGACAGCUUGUGCUGCCCUACGUUACCCUAUUCAUUUUAUUUACACCAACUUUACUAUGUAAUGGAUUGAAAAAAAUAUCCAAAAGCUGGUGGAUAAUCAUGAUAGCUUGUACAUUGGAUGUGGAAGCAAGCUGGCUGCUUGUUAUGUCGCAACGAUUCACAUCAGUUUUGAGCUGA